AUGAAGCUGCUAACGCUGAACUUCCUCACUUGCGCUCGCAAGACGUGCAAAUCGAAUGCCGCUGCCUUCCCGCUUCAUCCAAAGGAAGCGGAGCUGGAACAAGUCGAAACAGACAUGAAUCCCCUCUUCAUCAAGAAUAUUUUGCCAAGACUGGACUGGGAAGCUAUGAAGACGCUGACUACUGAGCUCGGCCUACCAAAUCUACCAGCCGAAACACCAUCAGAUGAGGAGCUCGCCACCGAUGGCGAGCCGUCACAGACAGCAAAGGAUCUGCAUACUCUGCUCAUGGAGACGUCGAUUCAGAGCGGCAAGCUUGUUUGUGGGAAUUGCGAGCACGAGUAUGCUGUGAAGGAGGGGAUUGCGAACUUUUUGCUGCCGAGUCAUAUGGUAUGA